AUGGCCACGCAAUCGGCUGAUGAAACUGUACUUGACCCGGCCACAUCCCAAUCCCUCGAUGCGCCUAUUGCGAUACCAUCCAACGACAAUACGGUCUCGAAUGAACUUUCCCCUGCUAAAGUCACGUCAUCUCCACGGAUUUCUAUAAUCCCUGUAAAGAUCACGCACAACAGAUACGCACGCAUACACCAAUUACCUCCUGAGAUACUUGUCAGCGUCUUUCACUUUGACCUCGACGCGCAUCCAUACUCCACCCACUCUUGCAGUAUACCCAAGGGCAGGGUUUCGCGCAUAGUCUUGCUGAGCUCUGUUUGCUCUCGCUGGCGAAACCUUGUCGUGGGAUCAAAAUCACUCUGGACGCGUAUUGGUAUCCCGCUGCAUGGUUCCAGAAGUCUUGUGGCAAUGUGCAUAGCGCAGGCACAGGAUGGACCGCUCGACAUUGUAGCCAUACAACAUGAGAAAAAGGGAGCAUGGAGGCACGCCGAUGAAGUAUGGAGAGGAGAACCGGCCCUUCAAGGUCAUAUGAAGAACAUCCGCUCCCUGAGCCUGGUCACGGACAUCUCGCGGCCGAUCCAUUCUACAAUCGAACGAAUCCGUGGCGUUGAUACCAAGGAGCUAUGUAGUCUGCAAGAACUCUUUGUAGUCUUUGAGAGAAGAGAACUCCCGCGCCCGUACUCGGCUAUUGUGGCGGCGCCCGGUAGGAUACCCCUGGACCUUGAACCUUUCGCCGAUCAGCUUCGUACUCUCUAUCUACAAAGAGUCAGUGUCAACUGGAGCAAAUGUACAUUCGAUAGACUCUGUGUACUAAGGCUCGGGGAUGUAGACACGCUAGACGCGAUCGAACUGCGGCACAUCUUGGCGUCGAGCCCUGUGCUCCAAGUCCUGGACCUCGGAGGCACUCGCCUCGGGCCUCGUAUGCCCAAACCCGAACCAGUAGUUCUACCGAAUUUGAACAUUCUACGCUUACUUUACCUCGACGAAGACUCGAUCAGAACGAUUAUCGACGUGCUCGCACCAGGAACAUACAACGUCGAGCUGUACAUCUACGCCAUGUCAGCAAAACAGACAGACACCGAUGCCGUCAGUAAUACUCCACACAUAUUUCGCGCUUUGGCACAUAACAUUACUGUUUUGGGGGUCGCGGUCCGUACGGAAACGCUGGAUGAGCUCUUGGCUGCUGUCACCGUUGCACUCCCGAACCUUGUCACCCUACGCUUUGACAAUUCCACGUUGUCCCAGGGGUUUACGACCAGUAUCGAGGCGAUGGUCGAGAAAUUCCCGCACACUAAAAAGAUACGGAUAGCGCAUUCUAUAGUGUCUGAUGCCGAGGCGUUCAAGGGGAUGCUUCAAAGAUGUUCUGUCGAGAGGUGCAUCGAGCUCGUUGAUAUCUCAGUAGGUCCUUCUGCGAGCCGUGACGGGGGUGAUGUUAGCACCACGUUGUGCGAGUGGAUUCUAACUCACACCCCCAAUGUAUCGUUCCUGGAUGGAUGA